AUGGACUUCCGAGAGGGCUGGGUGAAGCGAGUGGGGAUAGGUGAGGGGAGGAGAUGGACUGCAGACGGAAUUUCGGGGGGCUUGCGACAGGAGCGAAUGCCGUCAGGCUGCAUGCUCAACGCGAUGGAGCCGGCAGGAGACUCGAGGAUGUCGUUUCUUCUGGUGCAUGACGUGUCUGAACACAUUGGGAACUUCGCGGUCACUGCCGUCUCCAUCUUCAACCAGUGCGAGAAGGAAGGGUUCUCCUGUGCUGUCUACGGCAUCGACUUGCCCGGGCACGGGAGAAGUGAAACGCGUGGGGAGUUCACGAUGCAGGAGAUGAUCGCCAGCGUCGGUGAAGCGGCUUCGUGGAUCAAAAACACAACGAGAGAUGGAGCCGUUUUCUUGGUGGGCAAGGGGAUAGGAGGAGAGGUCGCGUUCCAAGCAGGAAGCGUGUUCGAGGAGGUGACAGGUUGGUGUCUGCUGGACAUGCUGCUUUUGUACCUCACGCUGGUGGUAGGGAUGGUAGUGAACGGGGUGCUGCUGCCGAGCGAGAUGAAGCAUCGCCCACAGAUUGAGUACGUCAAGGGGAUAGUCGGGGAGAUCCUUCAAGUCUUGUUCGGGGAUGCCAAGGCGAGUUUGCCUCCUCUCUGUCCCAGGCUGAUGGAGCUCGACCCGCAGCUAUCACUCGCCGCCUUCAUCUCCUUCGAGCGGCAGUUCGACAGGAUCGACUGCGGGGCAGCUGGUGCCUGCGCUUGGCACCAUGAUCGGGAGAUGUACGAGGACAACCUGAGAGACCCUUUGAGCCUGUGGGCGGCGACGUUCUCCUCUCUUCGUUCUCUCUUCACAUACAAGCCCGUCAAGUCUUCCUUGGAAAAUGAGACACCGGCAUACCGUCAUGCUCCUCACAUACAACCAGGAUGA